AUACAAUAAACUACCAAACAACACAUAACCGCCAUCCCUUUACGCAGUCUGCUGGGUCAUUUUCGAUUCUCCUAUUGAUUUUCAGACAAAAACAAUACUAUGCUCGUACAAUAUCUCACCAAAGGCUCUACAGUAGAAAUGACCUCGGACGAAGAUCAGUUCAAGGGAGUGUGGUUCGAAGCCAUUGUUCUCGGCUUCUCUAAGCCCAAUUCGGGAAAGGAAGUAGUUUUGGUAGAGUACAAAAGUAUUCUUGUUGAUGAAAACAGUUCAACGCCGUUGUGAGAGUAUGUGGAUAUGUCUUUAGUUCGUCCGGUUCCUCCGGUGGAAAAAGUUGAGAGGUUUGAGUUAUACGACGCCGUAGAUGCCUCUCAUAAGGAUGGAUGGUGGACUGCUACCAUUACAGGUGUUCUGGAAGAUUCUAGAUACAAGGUUACCUUUCAAAAUCCGCCUGAGGAACUUGAAUUUGGGAUUUCUGACUUGAGAUUUCACAGAGAUUGGGUUCAAGGGAACUGGGUCCGACCCGGCCGGAAGCAGGAGACCAAACAAUCAGGUGACGGAGAGAGCACUCAGAGGAAAACAGGGGGAAGGCCACAGAAGAAACCAAUUUCAACCCCAACAGGAGUUUCACCUGCACAUAGUCUGAAGCAAUGUGGUGAGAAGAGAGAAAAACAAGAUAUGUCUAUGCAAGCUCCUGUCAACGUGACCCCAACGACCCAAACUGAAACCCAGAGUUUGCCUUUUGUAAAGACUUCACUACUUUGGGGAAAAAUUGAAUCCAUGGAUAUUUUCCAGAGGAUUCUUCAGAAGCCACAUUUUAGUCCGUUGAAAAAAGAGAGAGAGAGUUCCCGUGAAAGACUAGCUAUAGGUUGUAUGGUAACUUUUUCAAGAUUGGCAGAGAAGACUUCUGGGUUGCACAUUGACGAUCCCAGAAGCACCUUUGAUGAAAUUUUGGAGACUCUCAAUGACUUGGAAAAGCAUGGAUUUGAUGUGCAGCCUGUACGAGAUCGUUUAACGGAGUUGUUGUUGAUGAAAGAUAAGAAGGAAAAGCUUGAAGCACAGGUUGCAGAUAUUAGUAAUCGGAUUAUGAUGCAUAAUACCGACACAGAAAAUAUUGAUGGUAAGAUUGAAGAGAUCAACAAACAAAUAGCAGAAAUACAGGAUAAAAUUUCCUUGGCUAUUUCAAGGAAGGAGGUUAAGGACUGUGAGAUAGAGGGUUUGAGGUCUCAAUUGGAGGAGCCUCAAGCGGACAUGCUGAAUGCACAUAAUGCAUUUUUCAGUAUUGCUAGUAAACCUUUGUAGCUGCUGCCAAGAUGUCACCAUUGUUGGUAUGUCCUGUCUUGAUAACUUACUCGGUUUGAAGACAUGUUUUUGGAUGGCUAUAGUUUGUCAGCUCCAGACAACACUAAUUGAGCCUUAAGGUUCAAAAUGACUUCGGAAACUGAUUUUAACCAUGGAUUUCCUCUGCCCGGAGGAAAUA